UUACAAAACUAUUAACUACCACAAACCCCAAAAAUCUUAUUCCCUUGUUAAAUCUCUCUAUAUUGGGAAGUGAUAAAGAGGCAACAAUGCGAGAGACUUAGUCCGCCACACUCGAUAAUGAUCCAUCAAGCUUUAGCUCUCCCUCGUCCUAUUCUCACCAGAGGAUUUGUGUCUAAUGGUGGCGGUAUGUUUGUCCAUCAAUGUCGAACAAAAACCCCUAGGGUUACAUUUUGCGCUGCUGAUGAUCAGAUAGCCAGUUCCAAGUCGAACAAGACAAGGAAAGUAGUGGAGCAUGUGUGUUUACUCAAAGCAAAAGAGGGUUUAUCUGAGGAAGUAGAAAAAGAUAUGCUUGACUAUCUUUACACAACUCAAUACCAAAUGAGAGGCAUUGUUGCUAUAUCUGUUGGUUGUAUCGGUGAUAGAAACAAUGAAUAUUUCACGCACGCUCUCUACAUGCGAUUCCAAAAGAAGGAAGACCUUGACAAGUUCUAUGAGAACCCUUUCUUCUUGAAAGUUCUCAAUGAAUAUGUUACACCAUUCUGCCAUGGGCUAACUAAUGUGGACUAUGAAUCAGAGGUUGAAGAUGACAUCCUUGCAAUAUUUAGAAAGGGGGAGGAGUACAACUAUGGCGAAGAGUUUGUUCUUCUGAUCACUUUUGCUAAGAGCGCUUCCGAGAAGAACACUAAAGAUGCAAUGGAUUCUUUUGCUCAGCUAACUUCAUCUCUUCCAUCAUUAAUUGUCCAGUCCACACAAGGUGCCUAUGUUUCUGACAUCCAUAUAUAGUCAACCUCAAAUUGAUCUAAUCGCCAUUUUAACUUUUCGAUGGUCUCAGGUUCAAACUUUAACGGCAGCAGUAAGGAAUUCACACAUGCAGCAGUAGUUCGAUUCCGUUCCUUUGAUGCCAUGGAGAUUUUCUUUGAGGGCAGAGAGUAUAAAGAUAUGUGGCGGUCGCAGUUUGAGCCGUUUAUAGAAAAGUCAGAAGCUCUUCAUUUCUCAGUGGAUCCCGUUGGUACCGACGUCAUGUAAAACAUUUCAACUCUACAUUGGGUUGCAGUGCAUUAUGAACAAAGUUUUCUCUAUGAAUCCGAAAACGUGAGUUAUUGAGUUUAAAGAAAGCAAAAUACAUUGAUUAUUUGCAAAUAAUAGCUGUUUC